AUGGCUUCAUUACUCAUCCGAACAGCCCUCUUCAUUGGCAUACUAAGCUGCACUUUUAAUUCUAUAACAGCUGGAACAAUAGCCCCCUCCCAAAUGGCAACUCGUAAUCUAUUCGCAGCUACUCUCUUUUCAUUUGUGGCUCCUGAUCACCUCAAUGAUAAUGUGGUUUAUUCACCAGCUUCGAUACAAACAUGUUUGGCGCUAGCCUUUGCUGGUGCCGAUGGUGAUACGGCUCAAGAACUACGUAAAGUGCUAUAUCUUGGUGAGGGCGAUAAACGCCAGGUGGCACAAAAUUAUGGUGAAUUCUUAAAGACCGCCAUUAAAAAUACCAAGGAAAACGGACCAACUCUUAAAAUGGCAAAUCGCUUGUAUGUCAAUGAAAACCUCAAAAUUGCUGAAGAAUAUAAUAGAAUCGCCAGCGAAUAUUUAGAGGCCAAAGCUGAAAAUGUUGAUUUCCAAAAGUCUAAUGAUGCCAUUAAGAAAAUCAAUACUUGGGUGGAACAAGAAACUGAAAAUAAAAUAAAAAAUCUAAUGCAACCAGGAUCUGUGGAUGCCACAACCACUGCUGUAUUGGUGAAUGCCAUUUAUUUCAAGGCGAAAUGGUUGAAACCAUUCAGUAAAUCAUCCACAACCAAAAUGAACUUUAAUGUCAAUACAAAACAACAGGUCCAGGUUGAUAUGAUGUUUCAGGAUGAUAAAUUCCAAUAUGGUGAAUUUGAUAAUUUGGAUGCCAAGGUUUUGGAAAUGCCCUAUGAAAAUUCCGAUCUCUCUAUGUUGAUCAUAUUACCCAACAAAGUUGAUGGUUUGGCAAAAUUGGAAGAGAAACUAAAGGGUGUUGAUCUCAAUGAAAUAUCCUCGAAAUUAGAAACCGAAGAUGUUGAUGUUAUGUUACCCAGAUUCCGUAUUGAAUUUGAUAUUGAUUUGAAGGAGCCUCUGAAGAAGAUGGGUUUGAAUAGCAUGUUCUCAGAUGCAGCUAACUUUAAGAAUUUAUUUGCUGAUGGCCCCACAGCCCAAAAAGUCUCCGAUGUUAAACACAAAGCCUUUUUGGAUGUCAAUGAAGCUGGUUCCGAGGCAGCUGCUGCAACAUAUAUGAAAAUUGUUCUCAUGAGCCUGAACAUAGAUCAAAAGACUUUCAAAGCUGAUCAUCCGUUCGUAUUUGCUAUACGCAGUAAAACCGCAGUUUAUUUUGCUGGCCAUGUUUCCAAGUUCUGA